AGCAUACUCUGUUUACCUGUUCAGUUUUCAGCAUACUGCUACUCUUAUCAAAAUCAUAUACAGUAAAAUGAGUGACCAACUGAUUUCUAUGGGUAAAGUUCAGGAAAGCACUGCUGAUAGCAUAAUGCUGUAGACUCCCAAGAACAUCAUGCUAAAUAGAUACUGCAUCUUCCAUUUGAUGUUUUACCGGACACACUGUUGCACAGCUGCUGGAUACCUAUGUGUUGAAUGAAAAAAAAUGUUCACUUCUUUUGGUGCAGUUGCUUCUGAUAUAGGGUGGCAAUGACCAGGGCCAGAAUAAUCCUGGUCAGGCCACGCAGGAGAGCAAGAAGAACUCCAUUUUGUAUAUUCAAUUCUAAAUCUCUCUGCCUCUGAUAGAAAGCAAACAGGCACAGCAUGUUUGCACAUCUAAUGCAAAGAUCUAACCACACACAGCACUUCUAAGAAAUUCUAGCAUAAACCACAAGAGCAAGAGGAUGCAGCCCACCGCAAAUUAUAAGUAGAGCACAACCACAAUUGUGCCUGUAAAAUUCCACAUAGACACGUGUAUGAAGGUACCAGGUACAUAACGCCACCUAGUAGAGUUGGGCGGGUGACUUUGCAUCUUGGGGUGCUCUCUCUUGAUUGGUUGAUGAAGUACUGCAGAAAGGCUGAUCUUCACUUCACUCUGUCAAAAAAGGUAUAAAAGCACUCUGUGUAUGCCCAUGGGUCGGGCAGAAUGAGAAACUCAUUCUCACUGCCACCAUUUAUUGCAAUAAAUGUUUUAAUAAAUCUGUUUUAUAAUAUGUACAACUGCCUGAGAUUUCGUCUGGUCAAUUUGGGAAGCCAAUCAUCCAUAUUACAUUUCUGGUGUCCUUACAUUUCUGGUGCCGUGCGUGACUCGGAUGAGGGCAUUUCCCUGAACCAGAGGCAGUCCCCUUUUGCCCCACUGGACAGGGCGCAGAUUCCUAACGGCGCCUCUGGUCUGGUGCACACCGGCAGACUUUCUCCGGAGGAUCAGAGGUGGCCCUUGAGUUUCCGUGCCCUGGACGAAGAGGCAAAAGGACCGAGGUUGGAAGGGAAGAACAGGAAAAGCCGGCUGGGGUAAGUAGAAAGGGAAAAGGUACCUUGAAGGGAAUUGGCCCCCUUUAAUGAGGGGAAGGGAGAUCCUGAUCACAUCUCCAGCGUGUUGGUAGUACUCAGUUAAUCAGAGGUCAACUGGGGAACCAGGCGCUUUGGGUAAGAGGCAAAGGGAGGAGGAAAAUGUGUAUGUUAGUAGUCAGUAGGGAGGAGGUCCCCUGACAAAUAGACACUUAGGAAACAAGGAAAAACUGGGAGGUAGAGUGUGGUAAAGUGUCCAAUGCAUGGUAUGUGUGGCAAAGUUUGCAGUGUGUGCUGUGAAUGAGGGGAUACUUUACAGGGCCAUAAAUGGGAGGAGUAUGGUCAAGAGGAGGGAAAAAUGUGAUUUCCCUAGAAUUCAUGAUAGAUAAAUUCAGAAUGCUAUAAAAGAAAUUUAAUUUACAAGUCCUGCCAACAACAAGUUCAGAGAAAAAAAAGGUGGUGGAAACCAGUAUUCCCCCAAAGAGAAGAAAGGCAUUGUGAGAAAGAAGAUGAAGAGAAAGGCAGUGGUUAAACAGCAACAAAUAAUGGCUCAAGGACCAGUGAGGAACCAGAAGGGGUUCAAAGGUCACUGGUGAAGGUCAGUUGCUAGGGAAAGGAACCACUGGACCUUAAAGGACGGAGAUGUCUCGGUCAAUGUAAAAGAGGAAGGAAGAGUGUUCAGAGAAAGAUGGGACAAGGGGGUCCCAGCAGAAGAGAGUUCAUCGGUUUGGCAGGCAUGGCAAGGAGCCAUGGUCAAGGUGACUUAAGAGUUACCUGCAUCUGGACUUUGUUAUAAACAUAGGCACCCAGUAUUCUGUUUUUAAAUAUCCUUGAAACAGCACCAAAAAGCCAAAAGAAGCAUCAGACUGAUUUUAUGCCUAAAAGGGCUGUACAAACAGACAGCGGAUUGGUUCAGAAAAAUCAUCUCUGCAACCUUUAAAAUGCUAUUCACCACACUAGAAAUGAGGCUACCGCCGCACAGGAUACUGUCAAAAUGCCAGUAACGGUGCUCAGAAAAUGUUUUCAUAUGCUUCAGCUGGCUUCAAAAGAAAAGAAAAGAAAAAAAUCAUGUACUUAAGUAGUUCACAACGCAAGAGACAAUAGAUUUUAUUUGAACAAUUAACAUCUUUUCCCAAGUCCUGUUGGAGCUGUGCAGAUUUUAAUUUUGGGGAAACUUACAAGAAUGGGGGAAAAGAGACACUUGAGUCCUUCUAAAAGCAAACUAUGUUUAAAGGGUUUUACCCUCCUACCUGCAACCCCAUUUCAUAUGUUUUUGUGACAGCAACGUUGGAAAAUUUGUAGAACUACAUAUUUUAAUGAAAUGAAUGUUUAUCAACUAAAGAAUUCAGGAUAAGGUAGAAGGAAGUUAUACUGAAUGGAGAUUUGUGUGUAAAGACAUUGUCUGUUUGAAUCUAACACUACCAUUGGAAGACAGGCUGCGAAAAAUCUCAAGCAGUCUCUCAAACCUCCGGCAGAGAUGUGUGGCGUAACCCCCCUUAUUUGGUUACACAAGCGAUUCUGCAUGAUUUGUAUUUGCACAACUUGCUUUCUCCUGCAACCUGCACUUAGAGACUGUGGCUGUGCCUGGCUGGUGUUGCCAUUUCGGACAUUCUAUUGUGUGACAUUGUGUGACCAAGACCGUUGCUGUGAAAGUAGAGAGAAAAAGAUGUUAUGCUUUGGAGGUCCACGUUUCAGCUUACAAAAACACUACUGCUCUAAAUGCUUUGACUUUAAAAAUUUUUAUAUCUCACGGAAACAGCCCGUUGCUACAAAGCAGCUGUAAGUUUUUCUUCUUCUAGAAACCACAAGACUUUGCAUAAUUUGAAAAACAGGCUUCAGUAUCCUAGCAGAACUCAGCCGUCGGCAGCUGGAUGGGAGGCAAAUACGGAUUUAAAGGACCCCUCCUUAACCCUGCACAUGCAUGAAGUUCUGUGGAAGGAAAGAGAAACCACGGGGAGAUCCUGAAAGAUGGACCAGACGUGGAAUCCUGUUGCAAGCCUUGUGAAAUUCGGCAAAGACUGCUGUAAGGCACUGCUGCUAUAUCCCAGAGAUGACUUCUCAACUAACUGCUGCUACAUCCCAGAGAUGACUUCUGUGUGCCAGACACACCUCAAUGUCCAAUACGUGGGACGCACUACCUCGGAGAGUUUGGUGGUGGACUAACCAGCAAGAAGUUCUAAAACAGCAGCGGCAGCUACAAGGACAAUCUCUCUCUCCCCCCCCCUCCUUUGUUUUUUAUCUACAGGAAAUCACUCGAGCGAACAGCGUGUAGCCUUGCGGAGCCUGACACGAUGGUUCCAGCCUGACGCUAGCGAGUCCCUGAGUGAAUCCUUGAAGGAAGGGAGACGAGACCCUCUUCAUUCCUAGGUGGUGAGGUAUCCAUUCCAUCCGGUGAAAGUGCCUGAGAUGACCCCCUGGAUCCACACCCUGCUGUACCUAAUCAGGAGUGGGUACCCAGCGCACGGUGCACCAGUUUCCCCUUGCAGCGUCUGACCGGCAAAAGACGCCCAGCGCAUGGGAAACCGAAGUAGCCCCUGCUGUGACACUCCGGACGCUGUCACUCGACGCACGGGUUGAGGAAUGUCCAUCUUAUGCAGCACCAAACAUCAAGGAGACAAGGAGACGCAGUAAAUCUUAGACCCUUAUAUAUAGCAUUAUUAUAUGGCGGAAUGCGUGAAUCUCAACCUGAAGCAGAAAUCCCUCUCCAAGACACCACUGCAGAGGCCUUUACAAUGUUGUUAAAAUAUAUUUACACAGGCCGUGCCACAUUAAGAGAUGAGAAGGAGGAGGUCCUAUUAGACUUCCUGAGUUUAGCGCAUAAAUACGGAUUCCCAGAACUGGAAGAUUCCACCUCUGAGUAUCUUUGCACCAUCCUUAACAUUCAGAACGUUUGCAUGACUUACGAUGUUGCUAGUCUGUAUUUGCUUCCCAAACUUACAUGUAUGUGCUGCAUGUUUAUGGACAGAAAUGCUCAAGAGGUGCUCUCCAGUGAAGGUUUUCUGUCACUUUCCAAGCCAGCUCUUCUCAGUAUUGUACUGAGGGAUUCAUUUGCAGCGCCUGAGAAGGAUAUUUUCCAAGCUUUGAUGAACUGGUGUAAACACAACUCAAAGGAAAAUCAUGCAGAAAUCAUGCAGGCAGUGCGCUUGCCACUGAUGAGUUUGACAGAGCUCUUAAAUGUUGUAAGGCCUUCUGGAUUGCUGUCGCCUGAUGCCAUUUUGGAUGCUAUUAAAGUUCGAUCUGAAAGUCGAGAUAUGGACCUCAACUAUAGGGGCAUGUUAAUACCGGGUGAGAACAUUGCCACUAUGAAAUAUGGAGCCCAGGUAGUGAAAGGGGAAUUGAAAUCUGCUUUGUUAGAUGGAGACACACAGAAUUAUGAUUUGGAUCAUGGAUUUUCCCGACAUCCCAUUGAUGAUGACUGCCGUUCUGGUAUUGAAAUUAAAUUGGGUCAGCCAUCGAUAAUUAAUCAUAUACGUAUACUGCUAUGGGAUCGUGAUAGCAGGUCUUACUCCUAUUAUAUUGAGGUGUCCAUGGAUGAGCUAGACUGGAUCCGUGUAAUCGACCACUCCAGAUAUCUCUGUCGAUCUUGGCAGAAGCUGUAUUUUCCUGCCCGUGUCUGCAGGUACAUCAGAAUAGUUGGAACACACAACACAGUGAACAAAGUUUUCCAUAUCGUGGCUUUUGAAUGCAUGUUCACCAACAAAACCUUCACUCUUGAGAAAGGCCUGAUAGUUCCCACUGAGAACGUUGCAACAGUUGCAGACUGUGCCAGUGUUAUUGAGGGCGUAAGCCGAAGUCGCAAUGCCUUGCUGAAUGGAGACACAAAGAACUAUGACUGGGAUUCUGGGUAUACAUGCCACCAGCUAGGCAGUGGUGCUAUCGUAGUGCAGUUGGCACAACCUUACAUGAUUGGAUCAAUUCGGUUACUUCUCUGGGAUUGUGACGACAGAAGCUACAGCUAUUACAUUGAAGUUUCCACUAACCAGCAGCAGUGGACUAUGGUGGCUGACAGAACAAAGGUUUCCUGCAAAUCUUGGCAAGUAAUAACUUUUGACAAACAAGCAGCAUCUUUUAUCAGAAUUGUUGGAACUCACAACACAGCUAAUGAGGUGUUUCAUUGUGUGCAUUUUGAGUGCCCAGCUCAAACUGCUGCCCACAAGGAGGAAGGCUGUGAGGAAGACAUGUGCACAAGUGGGCAGCAAUUGGCAUCCCAUCCACCUCGAGCUUCAAGUGCCAGCUCUGUGCACUCUCUCCCAGGAUCCACUUCCCACCCAUAAGCUCGCCAAGCCUAUAAAGAGUGUGAAUAAAAAUAUUUACGACCCCAGUGCCAUGAUAAAAUUGUUCACCAUCUUCUUGUUGUAGGCACCUCUUUUUCUCUGAAUGGACAGAGGGGACCAUACUUGGUGGCUGGAGAUGUUCAAGUGGAAAUGGCUGCCCAAAGACUUGAGGGGUGGCUUCACACUUUCCAUUUUGUUCAAAUCAGGAUGUUCUCCAGGGGAAAGAAAUAGGCUUUCGGUUUUCACCAACUCUCCUAUAUUUACACCCUACCUCUUUAACUGAACCAAAUCAGGUUGAAUGGAAGGAAACAAACCAACAAAAAGCCAAGCCCAGUUGUAACAUAAACAUACCAUGUGAAAAGUAUAGGAAAGAGAUAACUACAUGUGCCUGCAGAAGGUACUUCCUAGGAAAUGGGUCUUCCCUUAGAAUGUUUAUGGAAGAUAAUGUGUACAGAAACCAUAUUUUUAUUUAAUUUAUUCUUGAUCCACAUUUCUUUGUAAAUUGCAAGCCAUUUUCAAAGUCUAAGAGCAUAAGAGCCUGCUGGAUCAGGCCAAUGGCCCCUCUAGUCCAGCACCCUGUUCUCACAGUGGUCAACCAGAUGCCUGUGGGAAGUCCACUAACGGGACAUGAGGGCAGUAGCACUCUGCCCACCCAUGAUUCUCAGCAACUGGUAUUCAGAGACAUGCUGCCUCUGACAGUGGAAGUAGAACCAUAGCCAUUGUAGCAAGUUGAUAGCCUUAUCCUCCAUGAAGUUGCCCAAUCCUCUUUUAAAGCCAUCCAAGCUGGUGGUCAUCACUGCCUCCUGUGGGAGCAAGAUCCAUAGUUCAACUUUGUGCUGUGUGAAAAAAUUCUCUGCCCUGAAUUUUCCGACAUUGAGCUUCACUGGAUGUCCACAAAUUGUAGUGUUAAGGGAGAAAAAGCUACCAUCUACUUUCUCCAUGUCAUGCAUAAUUUUAUAAAGUUCUAUCAAGUCACAUCUUACUCACCUUUUCUCUAAACUAGAAAGUCCCAAACGCUCCAAACUUUCCUCAUAGGGAAGUCUGUGAGUGUAUGUACCUAUAUUAUUUGCUUAUCCUUUUUUCUUGAAAGGCUUUCUUGUUUAUCAUUCUGUAUCAUAUAAAUAUACCUAAUAGUGGUAGGCAAUGUGAUAAUCUCACUCUAUUACUCCAUUUGACAAGGAAAAACCCUUAAGGAAGUCAUGCAUAAAACAAUUCAGUCCUAGGAUGCUGUAUUGGAAUUCUGACUAUUUGAUAUGAAUAACAAAAUUGUCACUUUUUACUCCCCUGUAAAACUGUCCAUCAGGUUCUCAAGUGCAGGAACAAUUAUUGGCUCCUUUAGAAAUUACUAAAUCGUUCUUUAAUUUCUACAUUGACUGAUUCCCAACAUCUUUUUUGUGCUUUGGAAAACAGAAAUCUAUCUCACCAACAUUUCACCUGGAUUUGGUAUUAAUCAGAGCCGGCAGUACAAUCCUGGCAAUUUAUAGUAAAGUUUUUGUUUUUUAAAAAAGAUUAUACUAUUCCAUUAGGGAUUUUAAAAAACCCACUUCUAAGAAGCUUUUCACAUAAUCUCCAUAAAUACAGAUUUGACUUUUAUAGUUGGAUUUGGUAUGUGUGUUAAGCAAUUUACAUCUCAGCAGUAGCUAUCCUUUGUAACUUAAUCAGAUUAUUUGUUUGAUUAUUCGGAAUGUGUUCACAUGCAGCAUUCCUCACAAUCAAUUAUUUUACAUCCUGCUGCAUUUCCUGGAGUGAAAGAGGCUAUGCAUUUACGCACACAUGUCAGUGCCACCGACCCAUCUAAUUAGGGGGGAAACUUCCAUUUGUCAUGAAGUAUGUGACUUUGGAGAAUAUUAUUAUUGUCAAUUUGUGGUGGUUGUUGUUUUUUAACUGGUGUAAUAUAGUUUGAUGCAAAUUGUUUGCUUUGACCAUGAUGUCCUAUAAAUAACAUUGUUGUCACAGUGCUUAAGCUUAAGUGCUUGCAUUGUACUGAAUGCUGUUUGUAAUAAAUGUGGGAAGGAGUAGACAGCAUUGUGGCUGCAAAGCAGUAAAAGAAAAUGACUUCUCAGUUG